AUGAGCACUCUUCGCCUUGAUUGGGACGCCCUUCGGGGCAUGUCGCACUUUGACGAUGCCUCGGCCAUCAUCGACUUUGCCGAGUCACAUCGGGACGCGGGCACGGGGCGGCUGACACCGUCUGCUCCGGUCGAGGGGCGGCUGCUUGAGCGUCUGUUUUCUUCGGCGCCGACGAAGCAGCAUUUGUUGGCGGAGCUUACAGGCGACGAGGUGUACUACUGGUCCAGUGCCACGCUCGCUGUGGUCUCGGCGGGGACGUACUCAACGUUCAUGCCCAAGCUGUCGGGGCCAGCGCGGUCGCCGCGAGGGCGCACAUACGUGCCUUGGUCCGCCGAGCAGUGGAAGGCGCUGGUGAACGACCGUGGGCUGAAGUCGUGCAAGCCUCAGAAGGUGACGCCGGCGCUGUUCCCGAACUUGGCCCUCUCGCCCUCGGCCGUCUUUGAUCCCUCCCGCUCCGUCGGCAUGGACAACCCCGGCGCGGUCUACCCGGCGAUCGUGAGCUGCCUCAAGUCGCACGUCUCGGUCGUCGUCAGAGGAGCCACGCUCUUCAUCACGUGGCCCAAGACCCAGAAAAACCUCGAGGCGGUGCAGGACUGGCAGAUGCUCGACACGCCCACUUGGCCUGCUCUUCUCCAUCUCGUGCGCCACGAGCUCGAAGACCCUCGGUUCAAUUAUCUGACCGAGGGCGAGGCGAUCUACAAGGCGCCUGGACAGACGCACAUGACGCUCAGUCCGAAGGAGGCCGCAGUGUACUGCAUCGACGCAGUGAAUCCGAGUCCCGCAGAGUGGAAGGACACUUUGUCUGCCUACGAAUGGAGCUUGGACCACUACAAAAAACUUUCGAGGGAGAAGGAGCAGGAGGCCAGACAGGAUGCGAUCGUGGAGCUGGAGACCGCGUUGAGGCUGUGGCAACAAGUCAAGGGGCUGCCGAAGAAGAGGACGAAGGACACGACUUCUGAGCGGGAGUUGAACAAGUCCAUCGACAGGCAGAAGGAGGGUCUUCGGCAGAUGCGCGCAAAGCCACGACGACGCGCAGCGCCAACUCAGGCGGCCCCUUCCUCAAGCAAGCGCACCAGACGCAGCAAAUAG